AUGGCUACGCCUCAGGUUUGUAUCAUCCCCGGCGUGUCAGCGUUCUCCGAGUUUCGGCGCCAAGCUCUGGCCUCCAACAUAGGUGCACGAGAUGUCCAAGGGCAGUAUAUUCACUAUGUCGAACCAGCAGGUCCCCUUGACUCUGAGAGCAUCGCCCUCCUGAUGAAAUUGUUGACCGAUGGGCACCAUGAAGAGGCGCAAGAAAAGGAGGACGAGUCUUCAACAGUACUCCACGUCUUGCCAAGACCGGGAACUAUAUCGCCAUGGAGUUCGAAGGCUACGAGCAUUGCACACGUGUGCGGGCUGCGAAAGGUCGUGCAGAGGAUCGAAAGAGGCAUCAAGAUCACAGUUUUUCUCGAGGACGGCCAAUCUCUGGACAAAGCGAGUCUUGACUUCCUGUAUGACCGGAUGACAGAAACCAUUUCACCAGAUGAGCCCGACCUAAAUCUCUUGUUCCUGCACCAGGAACCCGGUACGCUUGGGACUUAUGACUUAUAUGAUGGUGGCAACAACCCUAUGGAGAUACUGCGAGACUUGAACCGCAAGCUAGGUCUCGCGCUCGAUGACUCGGAGAUUCGGUACCUCGUGGAAGCAUAUUCGAAGGAUGGUCCUGUGCCGAGAAACCCCACAGAUGUCGAGCUUUUCAUGUUUGCCCAAGUCAACUCCGAGCAUUGUCGACAUAAAAUCUUUAACGCAAGCUGGACCAUCGACGGCAAGCCAAAGACCAACACGCUAUUUGGCAUGAUAAGAAACACUCAUAAGCAAACUCCAGAAGGUACUAUCAGUGCGUAUAGCGACAAUGCAGCCGUGCUUGAGGGCAGUAAUGGAAGUCAGUGGGCUCCGGACGAUCUCAAUGGUCAGUGGAAGGCAACGAAAGAAGGAGUGCAUAUGCUCAUCAAGGUCGAGACGCACAACCAUCCCACUGCCGUCUCUCCAUUUCCAGGAGCCGCUACAGGUUCAGGCGGCGAAAUCAGGGAUGAAGGCGCAACAGGACGGGGCGCGAAACCAAAAGCAGGACUAUCAGGAUUCUGCGUAUCCGACCUCUCAAUACCUGAACACCGGCAGCCGUGGGAACUUGACUAUGGCAAACCCCACCACAUUGCAAGCAGCCUUGAGAUUAUGGUCGAAGCCCCCAUUGGAAGCGCAGCUUUCAACAAUGAGUUUGGUAGACCAUGUACGGCAGGCUACUUCAGAACACUGUUGGUAGAUAUGAAGACAGGUAAAGACUCUUCAGAAGUCAGAGGCUAUCACAAGCCCAUCAUGAUUGCCGGAGGCGUUGGCACUGUCCGGCCACAACACGCACUGAAGGACCCAGGAAUUGUGAACAAUGGUGCUUUUCUGAUCGUAAUGGGCGGACCGGCUAUGCUCAUUGGCUUAGGAGGCGGCGCAGCUUCCAGCGUCAGUUCCGGAGAGGGGACUGCUGAACUGGACUUUGCAAGUGUUCAGCGUGGCAAUCCCGAAAUGCAACGGAGGGCUCAGGAAGUCAUUACUGCUUGCACCGCUCUCGGCCCGCACAAUCCUAUCCUCUUCAUCCAUGAUGUUGGUGCAGGUGGUCUGUCGAACGCACUGCCGGAACUUGCUAAAGACUCCGGUCUUGGGGCAGAAUUUGAGCUUCGUGAUGUUGACUGUGCAGAUAAGAGCAUGAGCCCCCUCCAAAUAUGGUGCAAUGAAGCCCAGGAAAGGUACGUUCUGGCGGUCGCACAGGAAGGCAUGAACAAGUUCAGAUCAAUCGCCAAGCGAGAACGAUGCGAGAUAUCGGUUGUCGGAAGAGCGACGAAGCGACAGGUAUUGAGGCUGACCGACCGAAACCACCCGGCGAAUGGCUAUGAUCAGCAAGACCCGAUCGAUCUCCCCAUGGAAGUUCUCUUCGGCAAGCCGCCGAAGAUGACCAGGGACGUAACGACGAGAAAAGUGGAAUUACCCGGGUUCGACACAAGUUUGACCAUGUACGCGCCCCAGGCCUCCACGGACGGUCUCCUCGAAGAAGCAAUUUCUCGAGUACUGCAAAUGCCCGCGGUCGGGUCAAAGUCUUUCCUCAUCACGAUUGGAGACAGGACCGUCGGCGGGUUGACGGCCCGAGAUCAAAUGGUCGGGCCAUGGCAAACCCCAGUGGCAGACGUCUCCGUUACCGCCACGUCCCUCACAACCGGCAUCAAAACAGGCGAGGCGAUGGCAAUGGGCGAGAGACCCACCGUUGCCCUCAUCUCUCCGACCGCAUCCGCUCGCAUGGCUGUCGCCGAAUCGCUGAUGAACUUGACCGCAGCAGACCUACCGGACCGGCUUUCCCAAGUCAAGCUCUCCGCGAACUGGAUGUCCGCGGCAAAUCACCCGGGCGAAGGUGUGGGAAUCUACGAGGCCGUCGAAACGCUAGGCAUGGAUCUCUGUCCCAAACUAGGCGUCUCUAUUCCCGUGGGCAAAGACUCCAUGUCCAUGAAAAUGAAAUGGUCGGACCCUUCAAGCAGAGAAGCCAAAGAAGUCACCGCCCCCUUGUCCGUUGUCAUCUCAGCCUUCGCCCCGGUCCUGGAUAUCCGCAAGACAUGGACCCCGCAACUCAAACGCCACCACGAAGUCGGCGAAACGACCCUCUUCUUCGUCGACCUGGGUCUCGCACACCGCGCGCUGGGAGGUUCCAUCCUCACCCAGUCCUUCAAACAAAUUGGCGACGAAGCCCCGGACAUCCGCUCCGUCUCUUUGUUCAAAGACUUUUUCGAUGCCACACAGCAGCUUCACGAGCAAGAUCUCGUGCUCGCCUACCACGACCGCUCGGACGGCGGCCUCUUCACCACCCUGGUCGAGAUGUCCUUUGCCGGCCGCUGCGGCAUAGAAAUCAUGAUCAAUGACAUUUGUCCCACGCCACGCACACCAGACGUGAUAUCGUGCUUGUUCAACGAAGAACUCGGCGCGGUCUUCCAGGUGCGAAAGUCGGACGAAAACCGCUUCAAGGCUUGUUUCGCAACCUGCGGUCCGCCGCCAGGCUUAAUCCACAAGAUUGGCCGCGUUAGUACGAAAUCCAGCCAGCAGAAUCUGGCGAUCUACCACGGCGGUAAACUGAUCUAUCGCGCCACACGAGCUCAGCUACAGCAGAAAUGGUCCAACACGUCGUACUGGAUGCAGCGACUUCGCGACAACCCGGCCUGCGCGGACGCGGAAUACAAUGGCAUCCUCAACGACGCCGACCCGGGUCUGUCGUAUAACCUGACGUUCAAUCCCAAGGAGAACAUCAACACGUACCGGGCGUCCCUGCUCAACUACGUCCGGCCCACGGCGCGUCCCCGCGUCGCCAUCCUCCGAGACCAAGGGACAAACGGCCACGCCGAAAUGGCCUUUGCAUUCGACGCCGCGGGCUUCACGGCUAUCGACGUGCACAUGAGUGACAUCCUCAACCCCUCGGCGCACCAAACGCACCUGGGCGUCGAGCACGACCUGUCCUCCUUCGUCGGCCUCGCGCUCUGCGGCGGCUUCUCCUUCGGCGACUGCCUUGGCGCCGGUCAAGGGUGGGCGAAAUCGAUCCUCUUCCACCCAGCCACGCGCGCCAAGUUCAAACACUUCUUCGACAGGACAGACACAUUCACCCUCGGCGUGUGCAACGGGUGCCAAGUCCUCUCCAAGCUCAAGGAUCUGGUGCCCGGAGCGGAGAAGUGGCCGUCCUUUGAGCGCAACGAAUCCGAACAGUACGAGGCCCGCGUCUGCAUGGUCAAAGUCUCGGACCCGCCUGUCGAGAGCGGCAUGCCCCCCAGCGUCUUCUUCCACGGCAUGGCGGGCUCGUCGUUGCCCAUCGCCGUCGCGCACGGCGAAGGUCGCGCCAGCUUCACCACGGAUACACCACGCUCCGUGAUCCCGCUGGGGAGUCGCAAGACGCUCGACGCCCAGAUGGCGCAUGACUUUGCGUACGCGAAUCUCGCGCCCCUUCGGUACGUCGACAACCACACCCUCGCGCCGACGACGGAUUACCCGGCGAACCCGAACGGGAGCCCCGCUGGUAUUGCCGGUGUGAGGAGCCACGACGGCCGCAUCCUAGCGCUGAUGCCUCACCCGGAGAGGACGAUUCUCGGUGGCAUCGGCAGUUUCAUCCCCGAGGGCAAGGUCCGGGACGAGAAGGGCGGAUUUGGGGAGUGGGGAGAGUAUGGGCCCUGGAUGAGGUUGUUUCAAAGCGCGAGGAGGUGGGUUGGCUAG